AAAAUAUUUUAUUCAAAAAAGAAAAAAUAACCAUCAAUGAACUCUCAAGAAAUCCAACAAUCAAAUUCUACACAAAUCCAAAGUGUUGAGAUAUCCAUACAAAAUCUCAUAAAAAAUUGGGAUAAAAGGCAAAGAUGGAAUUUCUUUAUCAUGAAUCCUUCACAACACCCAACAAAACAACAAUGGAGAACAAAUUUGACAAAGUUUUUAGAAUCCACACCUCUUCGAAUUUUCACUAUUGUGUUACUCAUAAUCGAUCUUGUUUUCACAAGUCUUGAGCUCUCUUCCUCUUUGAUUUCCUGCCCACAAAAUCGGACCACCAAAAAUCAAGAAACGGAAGAGGUUUGGUACCAUUGGGCAGGUAUAGGGAUCUUGGGAUUGCUAGUUUUGAAGAGUGUAGGCCUUGUUGUAGGUCUAGGUUGCGCGUUUUUUCGAAGACCGGGGUACUUGUUAGAUGGCAUAGUGGUUAUGGUGGCAUUAUUCUUGGAAGCUUAUUUGGAAAAAAAUGGAGGAGGAUUACUUGUUGUUGUAAGCUUAUGGAGAGUUGUUAGAGUUGUUGAAAGUGCUUUUGAACUAAGUGAUGAGGCAAUUGAAGCACAAAUUGAAGAAAUUGUUUGCCAAUUUGAAGAAUUAAAAGAAGAAAAUAGAAGAUUGAUGGAUAGUGUUGUUGAGAAAGAUAAGGAAAUUGAGAAACUUCAAGAAGAAUUGGAUCAGUACUACAAAAAAACAACUUACUAGAGAUACAACUAGAAUUUUAUCUUGUUCUUAGAUACUAUUUUUAUAAUAUAUUCCUCUCUAUUUUUUUAAAUAUGAUUUU